AUGAACGCUGCUACCAAUCUUCCCCCCGACAUCAACCGGGCUGAUACCCUCAGGGCCACAGCCAUCACGCUCCUAGCUAUAGCAAUUAUAAUGGUCACUCUACGGACCUCCGUCCGCAUCUUCAUAACCAAGAGCCUGGGCUGGGAUGACUACCUCAUGUUAAUGGGACUGCUGAUCAAUCAAACCCUCUGGAUCCUGAACAUCGCCAAAGAAGGCACGUCCAUUGCAGCGACCUACUACGGUGUCGGACGACACAUAUAUUACCUCUCCGCCGCGGAUGCAGUGAUGGUGCUAAAGCUCAACACGAUAGGGCAGCCACUCAACCUCAUCAGCUUCUUCUUUGUGAAGGCAUCCAUCCUGGCAUUGAUACUGCGGCUGAAACCCAAGCCCAUGUUCAAGUGGAUACUCUACAUCAUGCUUGCGCUUAUGGUGGUCAUCAUCGUGACAGGUGUGUUUAUCUCAUUUGCGCAAUGUCAACCCUUCGCCAAGAACUGGGAUACCACUAUUCCCGGCACUUGCUGGUCACACCAGGCCUUCAUCAAUGCACUAUACGCCCUGCAAGCCAUCACGAUCUUUUCGGAUUUAUGCUACAUGAUCAUUCCGAUCUUCAUCUUGUGGGAUCUCCAGAUGCCGCGGGAGAAAAAGCUGAGUGUGUUGGGUAUGAUUGGUGUGGGUUGUGUCUCUAUGGUUUGCUCCAUCGCCGCCAUUCCUUUUGCCCAAGACCUGAGCGCUAGUAUCGACGUUUCCUGGACGAUUGUUAACUUGGCCUCAGUAAAGAUUGGCGAGAUUAAUAUAGCCAUCAUCGUGGGCUGUAUUCCCCCAAUCCAUCCGCUUUUCAAUAAGCUUCGUGACUGCUUCGCCGCGCCCAAACUCGGGAUGGGCGAAACGUACGAGGCCCGUCUGGCGCGGCUGAAGCUGCAACCGAGCGAGUACGCCAUCCUACAGAAGGAAAGGAAUGGCUGCAGUCAGGGCAGCGCCAACAGGAGGGGGCCCUCAGUCAGCCAGAUGGACGGUAGUACAGACGAUGAUGCGAUGGUCUUGCAGGAGCACGGGGUUCCAGCCAGGCGGCCUGAAGAGACGGUCUAG